AUGGUACAAGGCCUCUUUGAAGAACAACAAACUCAGGAACAGCGGCAACAAAUGCACAGGCCGCAGCAAUACUCUACCCCACAGCAGCAUAUAUAUCAGUCACAACAUGAGCAGAGGCACCAAAGGCAUGGCCAGCAGCAGCUAUCAAAUGAACAGCAGCAGUCCUUGCAUACACAGCAGCAAUUUACACGUGCUCAGCAUCAACAAACAGCUCAUACAGUGCAGCAGUGGAGAAACCCACCUCCCGGAUUAGUUAAGUGCAAUGUUGAUGCGAGUUUUUAUGAUACGGUGAAAGCGACGGAAUGGGGAUUGUGCGCACGUGAUCAUCAAGGAAGGUUCAUAAUAGCAGGGACCAAUAUUAUGUAUACUAAGCUCAACACAAUAGAGGGAGAAGUCAUGGCCAUCAAGGAAGCAAUGGAGGAAAUGAUACAAAGAGGUCUAUCCCAUGUCAUUUUUGAAAGUGACUCAAAAAUUGUUGUUGAUGCUAUCUCAUCUAGACGAAUAGGAAUAUCUGAGUUUAGUAUGUUGAUUUCUUGCAUUAAGUGA